CAUAUAAUUUGGAGAGAAGCACCAGUUGGAAUCUGCACCAACUUUUGCUGAACCAGACAAGUGAGUGUGCGACCCAGUCUCUCCCUCCAUCAACCCAGAUCCCUGCCUGGCUCUGCAGCCAGGCUCCAGUGAAUUUUGUUAAAUGUCUGAACCCAGCGGUGCUGACUCGAACACGAGGCCCUCAACUUCACAUGUUGGUCGUAGGAUCACCCCCUCCAACAUCUCCAAUGGCGAGGAGAAUUCAAUGCCAGACUUUGAGUUCUUUGGGGCUGUUCCCAGAUCACCACCCAAUCUUACAGAUUUUCUGACUGUUUGGAGUGUUGAUGUCCUCCCGGGUACCGAUGACAUCAACAAGAAGCAGCAUCGCACCGAUCUGUAUGAGUCCGACAACCUAAUCGUACGGCGGGGCCAAAGCUUCGAAAUCAGAAUUAGUUUCAACCGCCCCUACGUUCAGGGAAAGGACAAGUUCUGGGUCGAGUUCUUGAUAGGUCGGUACCCAAAUAUCACCAAAGGAACCUACAUCCCCAUUUACUUGGAAGAACAGCUGGAGCAAGGAAAAUGGGGAGCAAAAAUAAUGACCACCUGGCAAAACACCCUCAGUCUUUCAAUCAUGUCCCCUGCUUACUGUCCUGUUGGACGAUUCAGAAUGUACGUAGCUAUAAUGACACCAUAUGGGAUCCGCAGAACAGCUAGAGAUUCAGACACAGAUCUCUACAUUCUCUUCAAUCCUUGGUGUUCAGAUGAUGCAGUCUACAUGGACACUGAGGCGGAGAAAGAAGAAUACAUCUUAAACGAUAUUGGUCACCUUUACUAUGGAGAGGCCUCUGAAGUGGUCUCUAGAGCUUGGAUUUUUGGUCAGUUUGAAAGUGGUGUAUUGGACUCUUGCCUAUAUGCACUGGACAGGGCACGGAUGCCUCUGCAAGCAAGAGGAUGCCCGAUCAAAGUUUGUCGUGUUGCGUCUGCAGUGAUUAAUUCUCUGGACGAAGAUGGUAUCCUUGUUGGAAGUUGGACAGGUGCUUAUGGUGAUGGAGUGGCCCCCACAGCUUGGAACAGCAGUGUCGAUAUUUUGUUACAAUAUUUCCGCACAAGACAGCCAGUGCGUUACGGACAGUGCUGGGUCUUUGCUGCAGUAUUCAAUACGGUUCUUCGCUGCUUGGGAAUCCCUUCGAGAGUUAUCACUAACUAUUCCUCAGCUCAUGAUAAUGAUGGUGACUUGGUGACUGACGUGAUUCUUGACGAAAAUGGAAAGAAGGAUUUAGAGUUCACAAAGGAUUCAAUCUGGAAUUACCAUUGCUGGAAUGAAUGUUGGAUGAGCAGAGCAGAUCUUCCGCCUGGUUAUGGUGGAUGGCAAGCGGUCGAUGCCACACCUCAAGAAACUAGUGGAGGCAUGUUUAGGUGUGGGCCAGCAUCUGUUCUCGCCAUAAAACAUGGUCAAGUUUUCUUUCCAUUCGAUGCUCCUUACAUUUAUGCUGAGGUAAACAGCGAUGUAAUCUAUUGGACUAGACAUAAGGAUGGGACCUUGACUAAAGCUGAUGUAAAGACUGAUCAGGUUGGAAAAUUAAUUUUGACACAGAAGAUUGGGACUGAAUUAGAGGAAAACAUCACAGAGCAGUAUAAGUUCCCAGAAGGCAGCAGUAAUGACAAAAGGGCACAGGAGUCGGCAAUACAGUAUGGUGUUAAAAAGGAGAAAAAAGUAAUUGCCAAGCCGAUGGAUGUAUCACUGCGUGUGCAGGUGGAAGAAAAGAUUUUAAUUGGCACAGGUUUUGUCAUCAGUUUGGAAUUCAAAAACAACAGUGAUGAAAAGAGAACUGUUACUGUUCAACUCAGUGGCAGUGUUGACUUCUACACAGGAGUCCCAAACUCCAAUUUUAUAGAUCAGACACUCAAAGUGUUUGUGGAGCCUCAUCAGGUGCAACAGGCACAAGUGAAAAUCAAACCAAAGGAUUAUGUGAAUCGCCUUGUUGAACAGUCUACCCUGAGCUUCCUCAUCACUGGACGUGUGAAAGAAAAUGAACAGAUUCUUGUUGCCAAGAAAAUUAUAGCUCUGCAGAUCCCAAUGUUAAGGAUGAAGGUCGAAGGACCGACACAGUUUGGCAGGGAGGUAAACCUAGUGACUGAAUUUACAAACCCUCUCAAACAAAAUCUGGAGAAUGUGGUUCUGCGCCUCGAGGGCUUGGGCUUGUUGAAGCCAAAGAUAAAGUUUUUCAGUAUCAUCCUUCAGAAUGGGACUCUGACCACUAGUGACGUCUUUGUGCCAUGGAAGCAUGGUCCCCGGAAGCUGGUUGCUAGCCUGGACUGUAACUUGCUGAGACAGGUUGUUGGAGAGUUAUGGCUAACCAUUAUUUAGUGAAGGAAGAAGGAAAAAAACAAUAACUUUUUGUGACAUAAAGCUUAGCUCUAAGGAGAAAAUGAAUGCAAACAGGGUCUAAUUUGCUGUAUUUCUCAAUGGUAUACCACAGAACCAAACUACACAGAAGAGACCAUUCAACUCAUUGUGUGUGUGCCUGCUCUCUGAAAGAGAAUGAUCAGAGGGAGUUCCCAUUUGCGCUGUUUAGAUUCUUAACUAAGGAAUCCUGUUGCAAAAUAUAGCAAAUUAAGUCGUAUUAAUAAUGUAAUCUGGCACAAUUAUUGAGGCUCACUCUCCUAUUUUUUUUUCUGCACCCUUUUAUAUUUUUCCCUUUCAGAUAUUUUGCUAAUUCCCUCUUAAAAGCUAAGAUGGAUUCUGCCUCAACCAUAGUUCAAGCUAGGGCAUUCCAUGUCCUAAAUUCCAUUUGUGUGUAAAAAAAAUUUUUUUAAAAAAAUUGCUAACCCUUCCAUUUGUUCUUUUAUUACCUUUAAUCUAUAUUUUUCAGUAACCGACUCUGAGCAGUAGUAAUUGGCUUUAACAAAACCCCUCAUAAUUUUAAACCUUUAUCGGGUCUCCUCUCAACCUUUUGCUAUUAUGCCUCGUAUACAUGAGUUCCUAUAAGACUCAAUGAGACUUUCUUUGAAGGCAUGUUGUGGCGAGGUUUAUAUGACUUCUGUAUUCAAACAAAUGCCACAAAGGACAUGGGUUGCAAGAGCAACAGUGGUACAUCAGAGUUUUAGUGAAUAGCUGGUGAGGUUAUAUCCUGUGCUACAGCAUUUAUUCUUUUGGUGUGCAUAUUAUUCUAUCACCUACUAAUAAAAUUAAUUUGAAUGCAA